AUGGGAGAGAAGAAAAGAGUGUGUGUUACAGGUGCCGGGGGAUAUGUAGCUUCAUGGGUUGUAAAACUUUUACUCUCUAAGGGUUUCAUUGUUCAUGGAACUGUCAGAUACCCAUAUGACGAAAGGAAUAACCAUCUGAAAAAGUUGGAGAAGGCUUCAGAGAAUUUGAAGCUGUUCAAGGCAGACUUGAUGGACUUCCAAGGCCUUUUCGUUGCUACUGAUGGUUGCACUGGGGUUUUCCAUAUUGCCAGCCCUGUUCCUUCUGCCAAAGUGUCCAAUCCCCAGCUGGAAGUGGUAGAACCUGCUGUAAUUGGUACACGCAAUAUUAUAAAGGCAUGUGAGAUGGCCAAAGUGAAGAAACUUGUGGUAGUUUCAUCUCUUGCUGCAGUUGUUCUCAACCCAAAAUGGCCUAAGGAUCGUCCCAAGGAUGAGGAAUGUUGGUCCGACCCUGAAUUUUGUAAGACAAUUGAGUACCCUUAUUUCCUUUCGAAAACACUAGCGGAGAGUGAAGCUUUGGAGUAUGCAAAGACAAGUGAAUUCAACAUUGUAACAGUUUGUCCAUCCCUUGUAUUGGGACCCAUGUUGCAGUCGACACUAAAUGCCACUAGCGCCUUUCUCUUAUCAUAUUUGAAAGAUGGACAUGAAUCAGUAGAAAACAAAGAUCGUCCCGUCAUUGAUGCACGUGAUUUGGCUGAAGCGAUUCUGCUAGUAUAUGAGAAACCUGAGGCACAUGGAAGAUAUAUAUGCUCAUCAUAUACAAUAUCAACACAAGAGUUAGUAGAAAAGCUGAAGAGCAUGUAUCCUAAUUAUAGUUAUCCUAAAAGCUACAUUGAGGUAGAGGAACAUUUGAAGCUAAGUUCACAGAAGUUGCUGAGUUUGGGAUGGAAGUAUAGGCCACUGGAAGAGACACUUGUGGAUGCUGUUAAAAGCUUUGAAGAGAAGGGCUUCUUGCCUAAGCACUAG